CCGGGAGUCGGCGACGAUGGCGUCAUCACCGAGCGCCGGGCCUACGGCAGCGCGGAGGCCGGCGGUGUGAGCAGGAAACAUGCUGAGCCGGCUUCAGGAACUGCGGAAAGAGGAGGAGACGCUGCUGCGGUUGAAGGCGGCCCUGCACGACCAGCUGAACCGCCUCAAGGUUGAAGAAUUAGCCCUCCAAUCAAUGAUCAGUUCUAGAAGAGGAGAUGAGAUACUGUCUUCUCAAACUGUACCUGAACAGUCACGUGAUAUGUUGGUGCAUGUAGACAAUGAAGCAUCAAUCAACCAAACGACACUGGAGUUGAGCACAAAGAGUCAUGUGACAGAAGAGGAAGAGGAGGAAGACGAAGAAUCAGAUUCCUAAAGGAGGGAAAAACCAGGGUCAGUUACACAAAUUGCAUUUCUAAGUCUCAGACUACUUCUCCUCCAGGAAAUCAUCUUGCCACGGGCCCUGUGGCCUGCUUGAAAGAAAAGCAAGAACUAUAAGAAGGAUGUGUAGUUGCAAAAAUAGUUCCAUCAGUAACUGAAGCUUCAGAACGUUAUGACGUGGAGAAAAUGAAAGAUGCUUUGUCAGCAUUGAGCAAUAUGGAUGGUGCUGUCUGUGAUCUGAUCAGAUUCAGUAAGUGUUGAAAACAAAAUUUGCUCUCAAAUACUGAUGAGAAAGUCUGGCAUUUACAAAAAGGGCAGUUUAAAUACAAGCCACCAGCCUUUCUACCCAACAAUGCCUCUUUUAAGAAAAUUAAAGGCUGUCUGCAUGCCGCUGAACCCUUGUGAGCAGUUAGGCCACAGUCUAGGACAAAAAGAUGACCAGGGGAAGGACUGAGGGCCAUCUGAGAGCACAAGCUGUCGCUCCCCCUCAGAGGCACUGAAACACUGCAUGCUGUAAACUGCUUUGUGGGCCAGGCGCCGUGGCUCAUGCCUGUAAUCCCAGCACUUUGGGAGGGCAAGGAGGGGGAUCACGAGGUCAGGAGAUCAACACCAUCCUGGCUAACAGUGAAACCCAGUCUCUAAAAAUAAACUGCUUUGUGUAGCUGCUAUCAUCUCUCACUCGAGACAUCACUGGUAAAAUAUUUUUAUAAAUAAAUUAUAAAUAGCCAUCAUGGAGCCUGCUGGUUUCUAGGUAGCGAGAGAGAGAAGCAGCAGUUCCUUCUCUGAGGAAAAGAUAUAAUAGGAUGGGCCGGGCGCGGUGGCUCACGCCUGUAAUCCAAGCACUUUGGAGGCGAAGGCAGGUGGAUCACCUGAGGUUGGGAGUUCAAGACCAGCCUGAUCAACAUGGUGAAACCCCGUCUUUAAAAAAAUAAAAUAAAAAAUAAAAAAGAUACAACAGGAUGGUUUGAAAUCCAUUUCUGGCCCUGAGAGAGAUGUGCCAUGCUUGGAAGAUUGAAUUUUCAUAACGGAUGACAGCUACAGAAUAAGAAUUGUUACUUAGUAUCUGAAGUUGAAGCUCUUUUCUGCAUACUGUCCCCUUUUCCACUGACUACUAUGCAGUAAGUAGUUAAUUUUAUAAAAUUAAUUUCCCCUGUCCAAACAACAGUAAAAGCCAAACAAAAUGACAAAGAACUUUCUCAAGUAGAACUUACCUAACAGUUCCCAAAGAAUACUUUUGUUAACGUUACAUUGAAAUUAUUUUGAGCUGCUCUUAGAGGAAACAGCCAGAGGUUUAAAUGAGCAUAUUCCUUAGAACACACAAUGGGAAGACAGUUUGGGAACAAAAAGCAUCAAGGUACAUCAAUCUUGGGGGUCUAAUUUAAAAUAGAGCAUGGGUUUUAAAAGCUGGAAAAGUUGACUGAAUUCCAGCUCUACCACUGACUGGUCACUUUCCCAUCUGUAAGGUGAAGAUUCUCGUAUCUGCUCUAGCAGUUUCACAGGUUGCUAUGAGGUGCUAAUGAGAUAAUUUAAAAAUCCAACUAUCAUUGGUGUCUCAGUAAGAAUUUAGCAUUGAAAGCUCAAAAUACUACAAGACUCACUCAUUCAGGGAACAUCAUUCUUCGUUUAAAAAAAAAAUCUAAACACCCCUCAAAAGACUCUGAGCAUGAAAGUGGUCAGAUCUAGGUUUUAGACACCAACAUUUCUCCUAAGGAUACAAUAUGCUCAUUUUAAUGAGACAUUCUCAGUAGUGUGGUACCUGUCAUUUGUAAAAGACACAGGGUGUAAAUGUUAAAACCCAGCCUGAAUGUUUAUAUGCUGAAAAUGCAUAAAUUAAACUGCGGACUAGAAAA